AUGCAGCUGAAACAGGGUAACACAACUGUUGCAGAAUAUGCCCAUAAGUUUGAUGACUUGUGCCGUUUCUCCAAGAUUUGCCAAGGGAAUCCUGCUGAUUUUGAAGGAUGGAAGUGCUUAAAGUUCGAAGGGGGUCUUCGUGAGGAUCUAAUGAGUUCAGUAGUCCCAUUGGAGAUACGAGAUUUUGGUGAGCUGGUUAAUAAGUGUAAGUUAGUGGAAGAAUGUGCUAAGAAGGUAAUUGCAUCUAAAGCAAGUCGUCAAGGAUUUCCACCAAGGAACUACAAUAGUUAUAAUUGGCAACCACGAAGGACAAACUUCAAGACACCUGGUGUGCCACAGCGAAGGAAUCCACAAGUUGGUAACGCUCCUGCUCGCGCUAUGGGUGGAAACAGGGGUAGACCAAGGCAGGAUAAUGGUAAACGACCCCAACAGGCACAAGUGAAUACUGCAUGUAGGCAGUGUGGGAAAGAUCAUGGUAAUAGACCCUGCUUGUUUGGAACAUCCAAGUGUUAUAUUUGUAAUAAACCAGGACAUAUGGCUAAGAAUUGCUCAAAGAGGUUUACUCAGAAUCCAGCGCGAACCCAGCAACAAGGUCGAGUGUUUGCUAUGACUGCUGAUGAUGCUAUGCAAUCAGACGCCCUGAUCCAAGAUCAGUGUUAUGUUAAAAAUCGAUUUCUAACUGUACUAUAUGAUUCGGGUGCAUCGCAUUCCUUUAUUUCUUUAACUGUUGCUCGUGAGUUGGGAAUACAUUUCUCUGAGUUGAACUUUGAUCUAAUUGUCCAUACCCCUACAUCCCAAAAUGCUUUGACCAGUUUAGCGUGCCUGCAAGUACCAUUCACUAUUAGGAACAGGACUUUUAUACAUGAUCUAAUCUGUUUGCCUCUAUGUGGUUUAGAAGUUAUUCUAGGAUUAUAUUGGUUAUCUAAGUAUCAUGUUUUCCUUGAUUGCUAUGAAAGAACUGCUGUUAUUCCAUCUAAUGGUUUAGAUAUUAAACCAUUUUUGUCUCAUACUUUAUAUCUGAAUUCUGUAAGAGUUACCUUAGACGGGAGUGAUUGUGAGGGGUAUGUUCUGUUAGCGGCUAGCUCGAAUGACAGUGAAUUAAGCUUAGAACGAAUCCGAGUGGUGAAGGAUUUCCCGAUGUUUUCUCGGACGACAUACCUGAGUUUCCUCCUCAGCGAGAGAUAG